CAGAAACAGUCGGUGUGGCACGAGGCGGAGCGGGGGUCAGUGACGUAGCAGGAGACUGUUUCGGGGGAAAGUCCUCGCGGCGGCGUGAACCUCUGAUGACCUCUAGCGACAAUACCGCACAGACAUAUGUUUCCUUGGUCCGCUGUUUUCUCCCUUGAGCCCAAAGUGCCCGGCCAGCGCAGCAGCGAGGAACUGGUUACCAAUACUCUGAUGCUGGAGUUGGGAGCCAUGGUGAAGCGCACUGAACGCAUCCGUUUGGAGCGGGCGACAGAGGGUCGGCGCCGCCGUCGCAGCUCCUCCUCCACAGCUGACUACAGCUGGCUGGCGACCGCCCCAACCCCACAACCCUACGAGCUGACACCCAAUGACCUGCUGGAACUGCAGGAACUCUGUGCCAAGAUCCCUCCAGCACAGUGUGGCCCUGUGAUCGUCAGGUUCAGGAGGCUGGUGUCGCAGAUGGAGCCUGAGGUUCACGAGGUUCCCCGGCUGUUUCGCACAGUGCUACGUGACUGUGUUGACGAAACAAAUGGAAAUGAAGACAUGCAGGACACCCCCUAUGAGAAGCAGCAGCGCAGCAAGAGCCUCUCUUUUGUUACUUUCCGCACCAAAUUUCGCACGGGUCAGUUUUUCAAAGGCAGCGGCAUGACAGGCUCCAGGGGGAACCUGCAGCAGAUAGAUUGGUCCGACGAGGAGGAUGGAGAAGGGGAGGAGGAGGCCAUCAAGGCCAGGGCGAGGAAGGGAAGGAGCAGGAGCAUGCCAGAGAUCAGCCCAAUGGAGCAGAGUGCCCAUGGGUGAGAGAAGGGAGGAAGAGAGUCAGGGGAGAGACCAUGUGGAGAGGAUGGUGGGAGGGAGAGGAAGAGCACCUGUAGAGGAGUUCUGUUGGGGAGGAGAAAAUGAGAAGGAGGCAAAAGUGAGCACAAAAUACAGGUGGGUCAGCAUACUGCAAAUAUGGGAAGGAGAGAAAAACAGAGAAUGUGGAGGGAGGAGGGAAGGUAGCAUUCAAAAAGGGGACAGAAUAAAUGUAAAUGUAAUGUAAAUAAAAAGUUUUCUCAUUUCUAAUUAUUUUGCCUCUUAAAACGAGGAGAAAAGUCUAGAAAGUGGUCUUGAUGUGAUUUCUUGACUUUAAGGGAACCCUUCUAACUGCUAAUGAACUCGAAAACUUUCGUCCAUUCCAAAAUUAUAUUGGUUUCAAGAUCCUGAAACAUGUGGUUAGCAUAUGGAUGUGCUGACAGGUACAAGCAUGUUAAAACAAGACCUAGUCUACUGUCACGCUAGCAGCUCUGUGGGCUGUGCUUUGAGCUAAAUGGUAACGUCACAACGUCACUGCUAACAUGUUUAGCAGGCAUAAUGUUUACCAUGUUCACCAUCUUAGUGUGUUAGCAUGGUAACAUUUGGUAAUUAGCACUUAACACAAAGUACAGCUGUGGCUGAUGGAAGUGGUCAUUAGAUUAGCAGAUAUUUGGUCAUAAUUAACAUAAUACAAAUUUAAACUAAUUUACCUCAUAAUGGUGCAAGAUGAAAAUUCUUAGGAUCAAUCCUCAGGGGGAAAGGAAUGUGUGUACCAAAUUUCAUGAAAGACCAAUAUUUAUAGAGAAAUCUCACUCAAAACUACAAAAGUCAACCUACUGGUGGCGCUACAUGAAACCUUAAGAUACAUAGUCUGUGGACCAUGAAUGUUUGUAUAAAAUUUCAUGGCAAUCCAUCCAAUAGCCGUUGAGAUAUUUCAGUCUGGCAGUGGUGGACCGUUUUUAGCCAUUCUGCUACAUGCUUCAUGUAUCCUUACAUAUAAACAGCUUAUAUCGGGAACAAUUGCUCUUGAUGAAUCAUGUGUGUCAUGAACUGUCCCUUCAUAAAAAUGUUAUGCAACAGACAGGACAGCUGUCUUGUGUGCAGUAGUGGGUGGGGGGUGGGGGGUAUUCAGCAGUCACAGUUUGGCUCCAGAUCUCCUGCUCAGCUAGUGGGUGCUCUCAUAGUACAUCCAUUAAGCAAAUCAUUUCCAGCUGAGAAUAAUUAGAUCAUCAUCUGUAAUUUUUUUUAUUGUAAAUAUAUGUAUUGGGGGAAAUAAAUAUAAAAUGUAAAGAACA